AUGCAAAAACUUCUAAACGGCGUAAAAGUUGUCGAGCUCGUCGGAUUGGCUCCAGUUCCCUAUUGCGGUCUCGUUCUAUCAGAUUUUGGAGCAGAUGUCACUCUUGUUCAAAAGGUUCUUGCACAAAUUUUUUUCUGAUCGUCUUCCUACAGAAAUCAUCCGAAGUCGUUGAGCAGCGUCUCACACGCGGCAAAUCCUCAAUUGCAUUAGACCUUCGAGAUAAAAACGAUCUCAAAAAGGUACAUCACCAGGUUUUGAGAAAUUGAUCGUUUUUUGAAUGGUUUGAGGUGAAAGAAUUGUGUCUGACUAGCGAUGUUCUACUUGAUCCUCACCGACCAGGAGUUUUGGAAAAGAUGGGGCUCGACCCGAUCGACUUGCUCGAGGUUUAUACUUCUCAUUUUUUUUUUCUGUUUAAAAGUCUUCGGACUUUUCGAUCGAUAAUCUUCUCUAGAGCGCUUUGUAUAUUUUGCAAAAAUAAGAACUUGAUCAAUCCACGGUGCAAGGCUUUUUCUAUCUGUGCCGGAAAAAACUCAGCAAACAGGCACAUUGAUGAUUCAGAAAAACUAUUUUCAAAGUCAACUAUAGUCGAAUAUUGAAAACGAAUAUUUUUCCAGAAAAAUCCUAAACUUGUGAUUUGCCGGAUAAGUGGUUAUGGACAAACCGGUCGUUUUGAAUCAGGAAGCAGGACAUGAUAUCAAUUAUGUCGCUCUUAGCGGUCCGAUAGAGCUUUUUUUAAUUUUUUUGUAAAUUUCAUUUUAAGGCAUGAUGCCGACUAUUUCUGGAAAGCAUGCAGAAAGACCCUGGCCACCAGUGAAUCUUCUGGCGGACUUUGCCGGAGGCGGCCUGACCGCAGCUUUUGGCAUCGUCAGUGCCCUUCUCGCAAGAUCUCAUAACGGUGAUUUUCCCUAUUUCGAUUGGAAAAAUUUGAUAUUUUAGGGGGUAAGGGCUGCGUGAUCGACUGUUCGAUGGUGGAAGGUCUUGCCUAUCUAUCCUCUUUUGUCACUAACUAUUACAAUAUGUCGCAUCUUUGGACUGAUCCCUAUGCUGCAUUCUCAGGAAACUGUCCUAUUUACAGGUUCGUCAUCUCCAGCAGUUAUGAAAUAUUUUUUAUUUUUCAGAACAUACAAAACGAAAGACGGCAAGUUUAUGGCGGUUGGCGCACUCGAACCGAAAUUCCAUCAGAAGAUGUUUGAAAGUGAGGUUGACAUUCCAAUUUCGAUAUUUCGGGAAGCUAUUCUAGUAUUGGGAAUAGACGGCUCUGAUGCUUUCGGAGACCCAGAAAAGCUUACGAAAGAUAUGGAGCAGAAGUUCGAGGAGCGCACAAGAGAUGAAUGGACUCAAGUUUUCCUCGGUGAUAUAAAAGGAACAUUUUCGGAAACAGGGGAAACUUUCAGGGCAAGAUGCUUGCGUUACACCGGUUUUGGAAAUCGACGAAGUAGGAUCCUUUGGACAUCAUAAAGAUCGUGGAACCUUCGAGAAAAACGAAGAAUACGGCCAAUGGAUCGCCAAACCUGCCCCUCGAAUGCUCUAUCUACCUGAACUUGUGGCUCAACGCAAAUCUAAAAUAUGA